CUCUUGAAGGCCAUCAUAGGCCCAGUUCUAGUAGAAGAGCUUGUCCCCAGGGCUGUGCACAGGGGCCCUGGAUUAAUUGGAGUGUUCAACUUCCAGGCUUUGUCUAAUGUUCCUCCUCUCCGGAACUACUUCUUGGAAGAAGACAAUUAUAAGAACAUCAAGCGUCCUCCAGGGGAUAUCAUGUUCUUGUUGGUCCAGCGUUUUGGAGAGCUGAUGAGAAAGCUCUGGAACCCUCGAAAUUUCAAGGCACAUGUCUCUCCCCAUGAGAUGCUUCAGGCUGUUGUCCUUUGCAGCAAGAAGACCUUUCAGAUCACCAAGCAAGGGGAUGGAGUUGACUUUCUGUCCUGGUUUCUGAAUGCUCUACACUCAGCGCUGGGGGGCACAAAGAAGAAAAAGAAGACUAUUGUGACUGAUGUUUUCCAGGGGUCCAUGAGGAUCUUCACUAAAAAGCUUCCUCAUCCUGAUCUGCCAGCAGAAGAAAAAGAACAGCUGCUGCAUAAUGACGAGUACCAGGAGACAAUGGUGGAGUCCACCUUCAUGUACCUGACUCUGGAUCUCCCUACUGCUCCCCUCUACAAGGACGAGAAAGAGCAGCUCAUUAUCCCUCAGGUGCCGCUCUUCAAUAUCCUGGCCAAGUUCAACGGCAUUACAGAGAAGGUAUCCCAUUUGCACAGCUGCCCUGCUGAUGCUUCUUUUUCUCUUGACUUUUUCAGUUUCUUUUUAUAUGUCGAAGUCGCCACAUAGGUGGAAUGCAUUUACCAUAAAGCAUAUUACCUGUAUUGAGCCUCCCAGACUCCAUUGCUGUUUCUAGCUGGUCACCCCAGCUCUUAACUUGAUUUGCUGUGCCCUCUCUUCUACUUUUCAUAUGUUCUUUUAACCCUAACCAUCUGCCUCUGGGUA